AUGGCGAUGAUGAUGACUGGCCGUGUGCUGCUGGUGUGUGCCCUCUGCGUGCUGUGGUGCAGUGCCGGCUGUAGGUGUGACGAGGAGGAGGAUACGGCACUUGUUGGGGAUUUACCUGCUAAUUCUGAGAGUGGUUCUGGAGGUCCCGAAAAAGACACCGAUCAUACGGUGCCUGGUGGAGCGGAAAACCCUUCUGCACAGCAAUCACAGCUGAAUAAGGUUAGGGGUUCGCCAGCCGGGAUAUCGUCAUUGGAAGCUCCCUCAGAGGUUGAAUCAAAAAAAAAGCAGACGCAAUCCGACCCCGAACAUACGGAUUUACUGUCACCUUCAAAAUCAUCGGGAGAACAGCGGCAAGAUGGAACACCCGAAGGUCCACCAGAGGAACCGGAGACUUCACCCAAUCAGGAGUACAAUAAGGAUGUAUCAAUUGUAAAUCAACAGAAUAUUGAUCCGCCAUCUCCUUCAGGUAACGACGAUGUCGUCAGCCAUAAUAGUGGGGAGCGCACAGAAGAUACUCCAAGCAGUACUGAAAUUAUUGAUGCCGCACCGUCAGAAGAAGGAGAAAAACGUGAAAAUGUCACUCCUUCCUUGGAACAACCCUUGGAAACUUCCACAGCCGCACCGGCCAUUACCACUCAAACAAGUUCCACGACACCGACUGACGUUGGUGAGAGCAACACCGUCAAAAUGAGUGAGGCAUCACCCAAAUCAACAGGAACUAGUCAAACAGAUCAUACGACGACAAAGAUUGCCAACAGUGACGGCAGCACCGCGGUCUCCCACACCACCUCCCCUCUUUUGCUUCUUCUUGUUGUUGCGUGUGCGGCUGCUGCUGCGGUGGUGGCCGCGUGA